GUAUAAGCCUCUAAUUUCAUUUUUCACUUAACAUUUUUUCUUUCUAAUAUGGAGCAAAACCAAUCUCGUAUUCAACUUGUUGCAAUGAAACAGUCCUUCUUUGAUCAGGGAUUGCUUGAUGAACAAUUUAUCCAACUAGAAGAACUGCAGGAUGAUGUUAAUCCUAACUUUGUUGAGGAAAUUGUCAUUCUUUACUACGGUGAUUCGUUACGCCUUAUUUCAAGCAUAGAGCAGGCUCUCAAGGAGAGGAACCUACUAGAUUUCAACAAGCUGGACACACUUAUGCAUCAAUUCACUGGAAGUAGUUCAAGCAUCGGAGCCAAAAAGGUGAAAGCAGAGUGCAACCUGUUUAGGGAAUAUUGCAGGGCAGGAAAUAUUGAAGGAUGUAUGAAGAGUUUCCAACAAUGUAAGAAAGAAUAUGCUUCACUAAGAAAGAAGCUUGAAGCUUAUUUUCAGUUGGCUAGGCAAGUUGGGUCCUCGGAGGCAGCAUGCCGCUCCAAGUGAAGAAAAUAAAGGCAAAUCCACAAGAGCAACAAUAGGAACUUAUGAAUCUUUUAUAUUACUCAAGUAAUUAAAGUAUCUGACCAUUAGUAGAGGCCUCUUCAAUGUAUUUUCACAUCUUAUGUCAUUUGAGUUUAAUAAGGAACUUAUCAACUCUUUCAAUAUUGUAUACACUUACCAUUUGAAUGCUUGAAAAUAAAUGCUCCAUCUUUUAGUGAUAUGUGUUGUACAAG